CUGUUGUCCUACCAGCCGGGAUACUGGGAAUGUCAGAUUUAUGUUAGUGGGGAGAAAUGGCAGCAGCUGGAAGCAGAAAUUCCUGCUGGAAACAAAGGAUGGGCUUUUAGAUGUGAUUUGAUUGAGCAACUGGGUGAGGGACAGAGAGGGACCCGGUGUCACUUGGAAGAUGGCUUGGUUUGGUCAUAGCUCUCUGGCCUCAUGGUGAUGCCUGGGCACAAUGACCGAGCAGCAAAGUCCCCCCGAGCAGAUGGUGACCGGGGAGGGAGCUGGCGAGCGAGGAGGCACUUACAAGGUCAUCAUCUAUGAGCUGGAGAACUUCCAGGGCAAGAAGUGUGAGCUGACCGAGGAGCUCCCGAACAUUGCCGAGAAGGAGCUGGAGAAGGUGGGAUCCAUCCAGGUGGAGUCUGGACCGUGGCUGGGCUUUGAGCGCCAAGCCUUUGCCGGGGAGCAGUUUGUGCUGGAGAAGGGGGAUUACCCACGCUGGGACUCCUGGUCCAACAGCCACAACAGCGACAGCCUCAUGUCCAUCCGCCCGCUCCAGAUCGACAGCCCUGACCACAAGAUUCACCUCUUUGAGAAUGCAGGAUACACCGGGCGGAAGAUGGAGAUCGUGGAUGAUGAUGUCCCCAGUCUCUGGGCCCACGGCUUCCAGGACCGCGUGGCCAGCGUCAGGGCCCUGAAUGGAACGUGGGUUGGCUACGAGUACCCCGGGUACCGGGGCCGGCAGCACGUGUUCGAGAAGGGCGAGUACCGGCACUGGAACGACUGGGAUGCCAACCAGCCCCGCAUCCAGUCCGUGCGCCGCGUGCGGGACCAGCAGUGGCACCAGCGCGGCAGCUUCGAGGAGAGCUGAGGGGGGGACGAGGGCCCUGGUGCUGCUGUGACCGUGGUGGAUGUUGAUGUGCAAACCCUCAAUAAAGCGCUGAGCUGGA